ACUUCACAGGCCGUGUGACUUGACGUCUAUUUUUUUUAAAUAACUAAUGUAACGUGUUCCAAAGGAACUUACCUCAGAAGAAUAUUAACUUUUUUUUUUAUUUUUUUUAAGAAUAUUGCUUGUUAGUGAGACCCGCUGAAGAGCGAUUCCACAGCUGUCGUGAAUAAUAGAAGUCUCUCUAAAAGUCGUAAUAACAGAUUUUGAAUGGGAUUGUCGGUUGGGUUUGAGUUAAACACUGCAACGACUCUACUCCCAUUCUUAAACUGAAUUUUAAAACUACUAUACAGCGCUGAAGAUAAAUGACGUGAAGGGAUUCGCAGUACUGUAGCUUCGGGCACUCGACUUGAUCGGGGAGAAAAACAGAACUACAACUCCCAUAUUGAAGUAGAUAAACUGUUUCGGAAGUAAUAUUGGACGACUCAAAGUUAAAGUACUCAACCGAAUUCAAGAGCAACGUAGCUAUUGGUCUUUUCUUUGCUCUGUGUACGCGUCAAAGGGUGCAUUAUUAAUGACGUACUGCGUCAAAAAGAUCGUUUGUGCUGAUGGAGGCUAACGACGUUAGCAAAGUUGUGUUCGCUUGAGUGAGCUGCGUGUGUCAUGGGAGUUCUAUGCGGUGAGAGUUGACUCGGGUGGCUCGAGUUGCUCUGACAAACUCCGAGGAGAGUUCAGUGGCUGGCGGACGGAAGUAAACGUGAAAGUUGGUGGCCAAGUGAGUCGCUGGAAAGCUGCACUGAGGCUGGCUUGGUUGAGCUGCUAUGUGGGACGACUGGCCAGGAGGGGGGAGCCAUCGCUCUGAUACAACAAGCUGAUUGUUCCCGGCUUCUUGAGUCGUGCAGUGGAGAGCCAACGCAAGGCAAAUAUUCUCUCGCAGCGGCCAGCCUGUGAACAGAGGUACUAUUGACUUCUAGUAGCUGCAUUACCCAAGCAGCAUUCCAGUCACUGGAGGAAGGACCGGGCAGCAGUUUGGAAAGUUAACGUCGCCCAUCUUUACUAAUGCUCACAAAGGUGUGAAGCAUCUUGGGCGCCUAUUACUUUCAACCGCUCCACACACUCUAGUCAGGAGUGAAUAGCCUCUUUGGAUGCAGAUUGUUUGGUUACUUUUGUGCCUUGGCCUGGCUGUGGCAUCUGCUGUGAAGCAGACAGGCCAGGUGGCCCACCAUGCCAACAGGCAAUAUCGCAGAAGUGUGGCCACACAGGGAAAAACCUGGUUGGCCAAUAACUGCAGGUGGCUGGGUAACCUCCUACGCCGAAAGAACGUCGUCAUCAGUAAGCUGGCAGAUGCUGCGGCUGCUGUUAAGAGAGACCAAACACUUUCAGAACCUGAGCGUCACUUUCAGGUGCACACAAUACAGGUUUUUCAGAAAGAGUUGAAUGAGAGUGAGCACAUGGUAUUCCAGGCGGUGCGCAGUCUGCAGAGGGCACUGCAGGGAGACUACAGGGAUGUGGUCAACAUGAAGGAGAGCAGCAAACAGAGGUUGGAGGGUCUCAGGGAGGCGGCCAUACAGGAGGAGCAGGAGUAUGUUGAACUGUUGGCUGCAGAGAAGCACCAGCAGGAGGCUAUAAAGAGUGUCCUUGCCCGGAAUAAGACUCUGUCUAUGGUCGACGAGAUCCUGGAGGAUGUCAGGAAGGCAGCAGACAGACUAGAAGAAGAGAUUGAGGAACACGCCUUUGACAACAACAAGCAGAUGCAAGGAGUUAAUGUAGAAGCAGUGCUGAGAGUGGAGGAUGAUGAGGAGAAUGUAGGCAAGAGAAAGAACAAAUCUGCUCAGAGGGAAGCAGAAGCCGACCUGGGCCUAAGCAUGCUCAUUGACUCUCAAAACAACCAGUAUGUGCUGACCAAACCCAGGGAUUCCACAAUGCCAAGAGCAGACCAUCAUUUUAUCAAGGAUUUGGUCUCUGUGGUAAUGUUGUCACUACCCUGUGGCUGGAUGUGCACUAUGGUGGGUCUUCCUCCCAUGUUUGGAUACAUCAUCUGUGGGGUCCUGCUUGGACCAUCUGGACUCAACAGCAUCAAGUCUAUGGUCCAAGUAGAAACACUGGGAGAACUGGGGGUGUUCUUUACCCUCUUUGUGGUGGGACUGGAGUUCUCCCCUGAGCGCCUUCAUAAGGUAUGGAAGACAUCAGUGCAGGGUUCCUGCUACCUGUGUCUGCUCAUGGUUGUUAGCGGACUGUUAUGGGGACAAGCGCUGCACAUUAAACCCAUACAGACUGUCUUCAUAUCCACGUGUCUCUCACUGUCCAGCACCCCAUUAGUGUCCCGUUUCUUAGCAGGUGGUAGCAGAGGGGAGAAGGAAGGUGACCUUGACUACAGCAGUGUACUGCUCGGGACGUUAGUGAUGCAAGACGUUCAGCUCGGCCUAUUCAUUGCUGUCAUGCCCACUAUGAUCCAGGCUCAAAGUGGAGACACACACAGCUUCCUAUUUGGAAGUCUCCAUGUACUGUACCUCCUGGCGCAGGUCCUGGUGUCUCUGGCUGUCGUGAUGCUUCUCUGUGUGUUGCUCAAAUCGUUUGUAGUUGGCGCCUUUUACAAGAAACUACAUACUGAGAGCAAAGGCAACAAGGAGAUCCUGGUGCUGGGGAUAGCAGCUUUUGUUUUUUUCAUGCUCACGGUUACAGAGUUUCUGAAUGUUUCAAUGGAGUUAGGCUGUUUCCUGGCUGGAGCUUUGCUGUCCUCCCAAGGUCACAUGGUCACCACAGAGGUCAAAGGAUGCUUUGAGCCAAUUCAAGAUUUCCUCGUCAUCAUCUUCUUUGCCUCUAUUGGUCUCCAUGUGUUCCCUACAUUUGUACUUUAUGAACUCACCAUUCUGGGGGCACUCACACUCACACUUGUCAUCUUGAAGUUCCUGAUGGCCGUGCUGGUGCUGUAUGUGAUCUUGCCGCCCAACUCUCGUCACAUUCGCUGGAUAGUUUCAGCUGGACUGGCACAGGUCAGCGAGUUCUCCUUCGUCCUCAGCAGCCGCGCGCGUCGUGCCGGCAUCAUCUCUAGAGAGGUGUACCUGCUGGUUCUCAGUGUCAGCACCCUCAGCAUGCUGCUGGCACCAGUCCUGUGGAAAGUGACUACACACAAAUGGGUGUCACGCAGAACUGUCACAUGACCAGGCUCGGUUUCAGGACAAGACGUUACUGGGAGCUCAGGGUGUACCCCGCCUCCUGCCCGAUGACAGCUGGGAUAGGCUCCAGCACGCCCGCAACCCUAGUGAGGAGAAGCGGCUCAGAAAAUGGAUGGAUGGAUGGAUGGAUGAUCCCAUCAAGCGGGGGCUGUCCAAAAGUCAUUUUUUGCUGAUGUUGCUCUAAGAUAUGUUUAUAACCUCACUUUCCAAAUUACUACAAAUUUCUUCCAUUAUUGUCCUCUUCUAUUAUUAGUGUUAUACUGCAAAAGUAGCUGUAAUGGCACAUUGGGGUAUUACCCAAAACAGCCACCUCCUCAUUUACAAUGAGAGUAAACAACAUUAUAUGCUACUUUUGUAGUUUUUGUUGGACCAAUAAUACUUUGAAACAGUAGCAAAAACAUGUAUGUUGAUGCUUUAGAAUUACCUGGAUUUCUGCAUGAUCUGAUCUUCAUCUUAGUCACAACAGUAGAGAUUAUUGUAAACUAAUACCAGACAGACAAUUCUAUGUUUUGAAUGAACACAAAAACAGUGAAGUAUGUGUGUUUGAACCUUUGGAUUUAAUAAUUGACUGGGAAAAAAAACAAUAACUCGCUGAGUCUUCGACAAUAAGAAAUAUUUCCUGCAGUUGUAAAUCAGAGCUGCACAUCUCACAGAAGGAAUUUUGGACCUUUCCUCUUUACAAAAGUGUUUCAAUUCAGCAAUACCCUAUUCCCGUGGUGUGCUGUGCCUUUUUGUCAUCCACACUUUGUGUGUUCCUGCCAAACAACUUGACUUUGGUUUCAUUUGUCAAUGCAAGUUUGCCAGUAGUGCUGUGGAACUUCCAGGCACUAUUUUGCAAUCUUCAAACCUGUAUCAGUGUAUUUUUUAUUGGUUUUUUUCACAGCAGUUGCUUACUCCGUGGUGUGCUCCAACAUCCAUUCUUGUUUGUUGUUUUACUUAUCAUAGAUUUGUCAACGAAGAUAAUAGCAUGAGCUAGAGAUUUGUAAAAUUAUUUAGUCAACACCUUAGGAUUCUGCGCUGUUCUUGCUUUCGAGAUCUCGCUGUGCUCUUUAUAGGACAGACACUUCUCGGGAGAGCGGCAAGAGUGCUGAACUUGCUCCAUGUUCUUCCAGCUUCAUGCAAGUCAACAAUUCUUAAUUGUAGUUAUUCUGAGAGCUCUUUUGUGGGAAGCAUGGUUCACAUCAGCAAAGGCUUCUUGAGAAUAGACAUAGUGUUUUGUGUUUACUGGGCAAGGCAGCUUUCGAUAGAUUGAAAGCUAAUGUGGAUUUCCUGGUCUGUGAAACACCCUCAUCUGGAUGAGUGGCGCUUCCGUUGAGCAAGAGCAAAGAAUACCUCGAGACAAAGGCAUUUGGGCUAAGUUAAAGUUAGGUUUAUUGAAAAGGCUUGGUGUCAUAACCGCUGUUUUCAAAGUCAAAUUAGCUAAAGCCUGCCCGAUAUUCUCAGUCACACGCUUAUAAAGUCUCGCAUCUGUGGGCGUACUCUUAAGGACUGCCCCUAGGCCCAAUUGGCUCACUGAGUGGGUUUGAAUAGCAAGCACCUCCCCUUACCUAUAGUUGGUGUCAGUUUUGUCCACAAGGUGGCACUCUUUCUGUCUAUGAAUGAACCGAACGCAAGAGACUGGUUUUGAACCACCAAAUGAUGAUAGUAAUCAUUGAUAUUACAAUGGCAGUCCCCUUUUAUGGCUCACCUCCUAGCUUACCCACAGGACGUAUUGUCCUGUAAAUAGCAGGGGGGAGAACGUGCUGGGUAAGCAAAAUGUUCCCAGAAAGCAAUUACUCUCUUUGAAGUAGAUAGUGCAAAGGCUCCAUGGUUAACGCAGUCACUCUUUGCACGCAAUAUACUGUAGUGUGAGGAUGUAUGAAAUAAAUUGCUAUUAAAAUACACUACAACAGACAGAUAAUCUUUGAGGAAACCAACAACUUUAACAAACAUCUCCACUUUCAUCACAUUGAUUGAACUCUAAGGUUGUCUGACUUCUGACUGAUUAGGUCUUGGUGAAGUAAUAAUCGCAUAGUUUUACAUGUUGUUUCCAAUACAAACAUGGAAACAUAAUUGUGUGGUUAGUUUUUUCCUGACUGUGUAUUGUUGGGACUUGCAGUUGAUGUCACCUUUUUUAAAACCAAUUUAUGCAGGAUUCCGGUGGCCUGGUGACCGGCUGGUUAGCACGUCUACCUCACGGUUCUGAGGACCCGGGUUCAAAUCUGACCUCUCCUGUGUGGAGUUUGCAUGUUCUCCACGUGUCUGCGUGGGUUUUCUCUGGGUACGCUGAAUGGCCAGCGAACCGAGUAAGGAUAAGAGGUACGGAAAAUGAAUAAAUGCAGGAUUCCAGGUAAUUCCAAAGGGUUCACAUACUUUUUCUUGCAACUGUUGUUGUUGUAAAUAGAAAAUAAAUUAUGUUAUUGCACUAGUUACCAUUGCAAGUUAAUGUGCCUAUACAACUUACUGCUCUGCUCAGCUCUUCUAUGGCAUGAUGUAUGCUUUGGACAUAUUUAUGUACUGUAUGUAAUGAAUGUGCGGUUUCUUGAUGUACUGUACUGUACAAAUUACUGUUGAUGACCUUUCAAUGGAAAAAGAUACUUUUUGGUUUUGUCAUUUGUUUAUUUAUUAAAUAGAUGGAAAAGCUA